AUGUGGAAAUUCCUGUUGGUAGUGGCGCUGGUAUCGACCGCGCGUUCCAAACAAAUUCCGUCCACUACCGAGCUGGUGACCACGUCGGUCGCGACGGCAACCGAUCUCGCCACGACUCCAUGGCCCGGGGCGCUGGCGCCUCUCGACACGCUCACCGUCGCGUGCGAGCGAGACAACAUGCACGUGACCAUCUCCCUCGCGCACACGCAGCCCCACGAGAACAGUGUCUACGACACGUUCAACGGCAUCGUUUACCCGGCGGGCCUGGGCAGCAACUCCUCUUGUCUCCGAGAGUACGUGUCGGCCCGAGGCGACCUGCAGUACACCCUCCCCCUCAAGGGCUGCAACACCAUGUCCACUGAUGACGAGGACGGCACGGUGGAAUACUAUAACAACAUAAUAGUGCAGCCCCACCUCCGCCUAGUGACCGGACAGGGGCGUGGAUACCAGGUUCGCUGCCGCUACCGUCGACGCGACCUCACCAUGUUCAAUCUUCACCGUCCGCACGCAGACAGACUGACAAGCAGAGACGGUUAUAACAGUGACGAGUUCGACGAAGAUUCAGGUUUGCUGCCAUCAGUUACAAUGAAAAUUUACAAAGGUGACCCCAAGGAUAAACAGGUGGCGUCUAACGUGCGCAUCGGAGACACCCUAACGCUGUUGGUAUCGCUUGAGAAGCAGCGCCGCUUUGGAUUGCUAGUGUCCGAGUGCGCUGUGCGCGACGGACUGGGCUGGGCCGAACAGAGCCUCAUCGCAGACGAUGGAUGUCCGUUAGACGGCGAGAUCAUGGGCCAGUUCCAGUAUUCCCGCGACCGUCGGGAGGCGCGUGUGUCUUUCCCAGCCCACAAGUUCCCAUACACCGCCAGCGUCUACUACACCUGCGAGGUCAAACUGUGUGACCUCAACCACCCCACGGACUGUGAGCCGUGUGCACACAAAAAAGGCAAGCGUCUCCGUCGUCAGUCGGACGAGGGUGAGCCGGCGACAAUCGAGGUGUUUUCCGGCCUGUACGUCAACGAAGCCGACUCGCUGGAGAACGACGAAGUGACCAGCGAGAAGAAAGAAGACGAAAUCUGCAUAUCGCAGCGUAUCUUCGCGAUCGGCAUUUGCAUCGCCGGCGUUAUACUGAUGAUAUGCGUAAUAGCCGCCAUCGCUUUCAUACUGGCACGCAGACGCAACCCGAAGACCUACUCGCGAACGGGCAGCUCGCUCUACAGCGGGCCCUACACGAACACCGGCUACUCGCACACGAGC